AUGGAGCUACGUAGUGCUGAAAGCGAUGGCAGCGGUCGGGCCGGGGCUACAGGCAGGCAGAAGACAACAGACUCGGUUAGGGGACGAGCGGGAGGAAAACAUUCAGGGGUCAUUGUGAUGAGGCAUACCCCAGGUGUGAGUAAGGAAACGGGUGCGAGGGGUGGCGGUCGCGAAGACGACGGCAUAGUGCCGAUUCCAAAGAAAUCGCGCACGAUCAAGACGGAUAAGCCACGGCCGUUCUUAUGCCCGGUUUGUACACGGGGAUUUGCUCGACAGGAACACCUAAAGCGACACCAGCGGUCACACACGAACGAGAAGCCGUUUUUAUGUGCGUUCUGCGGCCGGUGUUUUGCGCGGCGAGAUCUGGUGCUCCGGCAUCAGCAGAAACUGCAUGCGUCACUGAUGGACCAAGACAAGGAUCUGCGGGAAUCUGCCGUAACCAAAGACGAAAAGCAGCAGAUCAAUGAAAAGCAUAUUAUAACCAAGCCCGGAAACAAGCGGACCAUGCUCCCAACGCCGCAGCCCCCCACAUCCGACAUGUUUGAGGAGACGCGGAACGUGGAGCUGCCUGUGCAGACAGAAAAUGAAGAUGAUGGGGUUUUGCCUGAGGAUUUAUCGGAGGGGCAACUGACGGGUGAGGUGCGAGAGUCGAAGGCGCCAAAACGUAAGCGGCACGCCUCGUUUUCUGCGGCACAUACGCUAUCGUAUGUGCAGGAGAAAGACAUGCAAGAAACAGCCAAGAGGGAAAUGUCGGACAUACCGCACCAAGUCAGUUUUUCCACCCCCCAGAUGACGGCACAGCAGCUUUUCGAGAGGGCGACAAAGAGUGGGAUCGAUCUGAACCGCAUUACGAUUCCUGAAUUUCAGCUGUCGAGCUCUGAUGUGGAACUGCCGACGGUAGACAACGAUGCCGAUGGUAAACUGGCGCAAAGCCCGAACGGAGAGCAACGAGCUACAUCUGAUACAGGCACUUUGGUAAUGCCCAGCAUGCGUGCUUCUCAUGAGUUUAUCGCGCCUACGUUAGUCCACACGCCCCUGAUAAUGGACUUCCUACAAAUUGGUUCAUCCGUCGGUGGUGCGGGAGGCUUUACCGGGGUUGAUACGGCAGACCCAACUUUGGACUAUUUCAAUUACAAGGAGAGCUCACACCACGAGCCCCGUUUAAAGCCUUCAGAUGGUGUAUUCUGUGGUACAGCUACCGCCAACAUGGAACAUAUCGGCAACUCCGGAUCUAAAAAACCUCUGACGACGAAGUGUGGAGUUGAACCCGAGCGCGAUGAGGAGCAUGAACAAAAAGGAUACAAGAUUAAUGAGUUUAAACAUGAUGAACACGAACAUUGGCUGAGUGAGUUUAUCAAUACGCACUUGGACGGUAACUUUAAGGUAAACAUGAGCAAUUUUAAUGAAAUUGGUUUCUCCUUUUCGAUGUCGUCUUCCUCCACCGGUACAGCUGCUGCUGUUGCGCAAGCGCAGGCCAUACUACCAGUGCAUCAGGCAGAACUGACGACAGUACCAGUCAGCUCUAGCGUAAGCGAGUAUCUUACCGCUAGCUCUCCCGAAAAUAAUGAAGCCACGCCACUUACAAGAACAUCAUCUGGUUCUGUUAUCCACCAAAUGGAACUGUCUAAUGCAUAUCCCUCCCAAGACAUCCCUUCCUUUUUCAAAUCCAGACAGGUGGAUUUAUUUAAACAAAUUAUGAAAUUUCAGUCAACGUACAACCCUCCGUCAACUGAGCACACGAAGAUACACAAGAACGAUAAGUUGGUCUUCUUUACAGAGGAUCUGUGUAACCAUAUUUUACAUGAAAACAAUCUAACCCCAGCGGAGUUUCCUACUUUGGGAGAACUGAAUUCCUAUGUGCAGUUGUAUCAAUAUGAAUUCCAUAAGUUUUUCCCAUUUAUUCAUUUGCAUUCGAUUGAACCGACUAAAGAUGUGUACCCAUUACUGUUAUCCAUUGCAGUCAUAGGUGCGUUAUAUGGCUUCCAUAGUUCACAUGCCAUGCUCCUAUUCAACAUAUCUCGGUUUCAUAUUCGUGAAUACUUGGAACGUGAAAAGGAGCACCUGGGAGAUACCCCAUUGUGGAUUAUUCAAAGCAUGGUUCUAUUAAUCUUUAUUGGAAUCUUCAAUAAUGACCAGGCAAUAACUCAAACCAUGAAUACACAGGUAAUGUCCCUAAUUGAACUCAUAAAGCUCAAUCAAUUAAACAUGCCAUUGGAGAAUUUUGUUCAACCGCCAAUUGAUUCUGACCAUAUCUUAAUGUACCAAGAUCAACCCCAAAUGCACGAAGAGAUACAAAGAAAAUACCAGACGCCUGAGCAAAUGCAGAAAAAUUACGAUUACUUCAUAAAGGCCCAGUCCAGAAUUCGUACAUGCCACACUGUUCUGCUAAUAUCUAAUAUGUUUACUUCGCUUGCAGGACUAGACUGUAGUUUUCAUUCCAUUGACUUAGGUUGCGGUAUCCCUUGUUACCACGAGGAGUUGUUCCUAUGUGAUAGUUAUCAAGCGUGGUGGAAUCUUCUGAACAAAUACCACAUUGUGUUGGACUCGAAGUUCUCGCUUAUUCAGCUGUCAAACGGUGGUGAAAGCUAUAGAAACUGCUUAGUCUACUUGACCAGCGGCCACCAGUUUUUCUAUGACAAUAAGCGCAUAUCAUUCGAGACGCUGCUAUCGCUGCUAAUAUCCAUCCACGAGAAGAUACUCAUUGAACGACAUGCACUUGAGGGUGAACCCAACCUCCACAAAAGAGAGCUCAAAUGGCGGAUGAAUUCCCGCCCCAUUAUUGACUCCCUGUUGAAGUUCUGGGAAGCACUGUAUAUCAAAAACGGGGGGAUUCUAAUUCCAAACGAAUAUAACGUCCAGAUUAUUGGCUCCAACCCUUCCUUGCGGCUCAUCAUUCCGCUCCUGUGCUUUGCGAAAAUGCGGAAAUGUGUCAGUCUGACAGGAGUGCUUAACAAAAUAUGGCUAAAGGACUGGAAGGGCAUGAACGAGCUCCUAGAGAGCUCUUAUCACGACCGGGAAACCCUUAGAGAGGCAACUGAUCACGCUCUGGAUACCGUUAAGUUCUGGAUCGACUUUGUAUCCAUAAUGAAUAACGCGGAACAGACUUCUAUCCGGACCCCCAUCUUCUCUAUCACCUGCAUCUUCUCGUCCAUCCUCGUUAUGGCCGAAUACCUCAAGCGGAUUGAGAAGUGGGCACAGACCAUAUCCAGUGACUCGACUAGCAGCGAUAUGCUAAAGGCAGUGGACAGGACUAUAUGGCUGAAGUCCGAGAUCAUCCUAAAGAAGAUCGAGACUCAUUUGCUGCCUAAGGGCUAUAAUAGGCAGUCAUAUGCAGAAUUCCUGCGUAUUCAGGCAAAUGGUGCCCUGGAUGUCGAAGUUCUAGACGAUGCGUCGGCGAAACAUGCCAUGGAUCCAAACACUAGUCUGGACCAGACGAUUGAUGUUAUUCUGAAGGCCCGUUUGUCUUCUCGCUCUCUCUAUUUGGGCGUCAGGAUACUAGGUGACGCUCCGAUAUGGCCGAUUGCGCUCCUAUUUGCUCAUGCCCUGCAGCUAAGAGCCAUCUACAACCUCGAUAAUCAUCUCUCAAAGUAA